UCUAAAUCUAAAUGUUAAAUCUAUAUCUAAAUGUUAAAUCUAUAUCUAAAUGUUAAAUCUAAAUCUAAAUGUUAAAUCUAUAUCUAAAUGUUAAAUCUAAAUGUAAAUCUAAAUGUUGAGUUGACAUGUUAGACUCGAGGAUCGAACAUUCCCAUAUUUACGGUAAUUGUGUUCCCGUUGUGUAACAACGCAUGGAGAAAGCGCGGUAUUUUAGUCACUUCAUGCUGCAAGGCAAGAUGGCCAGUCCUGAACUAGCCCUUGUCAUAGAGCGAGCUGUUGCAGCUGGCGUUAGGGCGGCCCUCCAAGACCGACCGACGCCUACACCAGGAACAAGUCUCGUCGCAACAGACACCACAUCAUUGCCGUCGGUAUCAGCAGUGAUUUCAUCACCAAGUACAGCGACCACAUCACAGAGAUCGGAUGGUAACCUUGGACAGCAGAGCUACAUUUCCAAACAAGAUAUCGAAAAUGUGCUGUCAUUAAAGACCACACUGACAGAAGUUGCUUCCAUCCUCUGCAUUUCCAGACCAACCCUGUACAAACUCAUGAGGGAGCACAACAUCUCAAGAACAAAGUUUGUACAAUUUAGUGAUGAGGAAUUAGAUUCUGCAGUAUCUCAGAUUAAAGCAGAACAUCCUCAUGUGGGAGAGGUCAUGCUUAAUGGACAUAUGCGUUCAAGGGACAUUGUGGUGCAAAGAAAGAGGUUAAGAGAGUCAAUUAAAAGGGUUGAUUCUGGGGGUGUUGAGUCCAGGCGGAGAACAACGAUAUCCAGGCGUGUUUAUUCUGUGCCAUGUCCAAAUUUUAUCUGGCACCUGGAUGGUAACCAUAAACUGAUAAGAUGGAAAUUAGUUGUACAUGGUGCAAUGGACGGCUACAGUAGGAUGCUCAUGUUUCUCCAGUGCUCUAACAACAAUCGGUCUGAAACCGUUAAACAGCUUUUCACUACAGCAAUAAGACAGUUUGGCAGACCUCUGCAUAUCAGAACUGACUUGGGGGGAGAGAAUGUUCUUGUUUGGGAGGAUAUGCGGGAAAGCAGAGGAGAAGAAUCUGUUUUAACAGGAAGCUCUGUACAUAACCAGCGCAUUGAACGUUUUAACAGGGACUUAAAUAAUAAUUGCAGUCAUGUCUACUCACCCAUUUUUUAUGAACUGGAGUCAAUGAAUGUGCUAGACUUGGACAAUGAAACAGAUAUAUUUGCUCUUCAUUAUGUUUACAUUCCUAGAAUUAAUCGCACAUUAAAUGAAUUCGGGGCUGCUUUUAAUAAUCAUUCAGUGUCCUCAGAGGGAAACCGAACCCCUCUGCAGCUUUUCACAUUAGACCGCCAUCUGCAGAACCUCCACAACCCAGACACUGCAUUAGAACAGCUCUGUAAUGAGCCCGCAGCACCAACUCCUAUGUAUGGAGUAGAUUCAUUUUGCCCAUUACAAAGAUGGGAUUUACAGGAGCUUUCCCUCACUGUAAACCCUCUUGAAAAUGACCAUAACAAUGGAAAGACAUUAUUUCAAAGAGUGCAGCAGUUUGUUUUCAGUAAAAUUGUAAGCUCACAUUUGCAUUCUGAGUAAUGCCCUCUUGGAUUUUCCCAUCAACAUUUACCAUACAUGUUCUGUUGAUCAGUCUGCUUAUUUUCUACUGUUACUUGUUUGGUUCCCCUCGGGUAUUGAAGUUGUGUCAUGUGUUCCCUGUCUGGUCGUCAUCUAAAGUCUGUUAAGUGCCCAUGUGGGAUAAGUUUUGAUUUGUUUUGUUUUUCCUUCUCUUGAUGGAAUUUUGAAUUAAUUUAACCCUUUUUGGAAUCAUUAUUUUUCAGAUACUUUGAGUGUAACCUUAAUAAAAAAAAAAGUUUCUGCUCACAUCUAGUCUUUAUUUGGAUCAUAUCCUACAAAACCAUCACAGCAACAUUUGUAGGUUAUCCUAAACAUUGUAAAGUUAACUAUAGCCACUGGAACAUAAAUAUACAAUGCAGUUGACAGGUCAGUAGUCGAAACACACUUAAACCAUGUGUGACAAUGUGCCGUCACUACAAGUGUCCUUAAAUGGUGCUAAACAAGGCUCCAUUCAUCAGGGCCACCACAAAGCAGUACUCAAAUUCGUCAUCAUCAGCCAUGUUUUUGGCAUUGACAAAUAUGAGAAGCUCAUUUGAGCAGGUGUGCGCAACCGGA